GGAGUUAAUCCAAACUUUGCAUCAGAAGCUCAAUAUCAACGUCCGCCAGGCGUACGGGAUGAGUGAAUGUGCUCCAUGUACGCACAUGCAGGUAAUUAUUGAGUGCCAGACAAUAACUUUGGGCCGCAACUAAUGAUUGUUCUAGACCUGGAACGAGACACACACCCACCUGGGCUCCGUUGGUCGUCUUCUCCCGAAUAUGACUGCCAAGUAUGCCCCGGUUGAGGGGGAGACAGGACGGCCUAAAGAGCUCUGGGUCAAAGGACCGAAUGUCUUUCUUGGAUAUCUGAAUAAUCCGAAGGCCAACGGUGAAUCCUUUUCUGAAGAUGGAUAUUACAAGACUGGUGAUGUGGGAUACGAGGAUGAGAGUGGCCACUUCUACAUCACCGACCGAGUGAAGGAGUUGAUCAAGUAUAAUGGUUUCCAGGUGGCACCGGCUGAACUCGAGGCCAUCGCGCUAUGGCAUCCUGCCAUCGCAGAUGUAGCUGUGACGGGGAUCAAGGACGGCCAGUCGGGGACAGAACUGCCCCGAGCAUAUGUGGUUGUGGCGCCGGGAUACGAGGGCAGCCAGAACACAGCUGAUGCUAUAUAUCAGUAUGUGAGUGAUCAGGUGAUAAAUUAUAAGCGCUUGCGUGGAGGAGUGCGUUUUGUGCCGGCUAUUCCACGAAACCCAUCCGGGAAGAUCUUGCGACGAGAACUCAAGAAGUUGGAUCGAGUGGUCAAGCUGUAGCUUCCAUGCUUCAUUGCCCACUUGUGGAUUGUAUAGCUCUAAUGUAGAGAAAUAGAGAGCAUUGUGUCCGGAGGAAUGUUCCGUAGAAAAUCAUAACUCACAACCCAUUGAGUUAUGAAUGCAGAAUGAAGGGAGCAUUAAAGAAGUGGGCGGCGAUCAUUGGACCCUAACACAUGACCCCCGCACACUCGAUAGUCACGCUAAUCCUUAUUCGGCAGUCCAAGACUCGGAUCCAUCAAGAUGGAGAACCUUAG